AUGACGACUACUGAUCCUUGUAAAAAGUUUGCGUGUAAAUUACAACAGUGUUUGAAAGGUUUGUAUCAUUGUAUCAUUUGUAUCAUGUUAUUUCAUUUGAAAUUAUGAUAACUAUUUUUAACCUCAAUGAUUGCAUUUAAGGUACAUAACACACAUAUUGAUUAGUUAUUCAACUUCAGAUAACGUUUAUCAACCGUCACGUUGUGAGGAAGUUCUAGAGGAAAUUAGGCAGUGUUGCAUCAAACAUUCUGCUAUUUCAGUAGUUUGUGAUGGUAUAGAUACUUCCAAACCGUAUGAACAUAAUACAAUAGACUACGUAUGUAUAAAUUACAUAUACGUAUGCAUUACAUAUAAUUAUUUUAUUACUAAAAAUGUUUUCUAACUUAUCAUGAUUUGAUUCUGUUCCAGAGGAAAGCACAGAAAUAA